GUGAAGAACAUGUCGGUAAAAACGUGUGGAACAAAACCUUCGAACAAAACGCAACAAGUCUGAACAAGUAUAAAACAGUCGAACGCAAAAUCAAAUGUCAACAUGGACCUCGUGGUGUUGUGAUAUUCGAAACGCAAAUUACCACGCGAUAAAGGGAAACCAUCGGGAAAAUCAUCAAUUAAGAUUCCCAGAUGGAUCGAAGAAAGUUAAAAUCACGAAGUGGUUUGUUAGGGCCUAUGCAUCGAUCUACAGAUUCACAAACCUCAAAGGAAACGGCAGGGUCAUUGUCAGGUUCGUCUCGUGCAUCCUCGUUCAAAGGAUCGCAAAGAGUUUCGAAUACUGAAAUGCUUCGUCGGAAAACGCAAUCAGCUUCGAACCUUCCAAACACGACAGAAGAGACCAAAAAAACACCACCGAAAAAUACAAGCCCCGAUAAAAAAUUAGAAAUGACUCGUAAAACGAGAAGAUCUGGAGGAAAGAGAUCGUACGACGAUGAAACAGUGACCGAAAAAGUUUCGAGUCCUUUGAAACUUGUUCGUACAGAAGCUCCUGCCAGCCCUAUCACCAAACGUCGAAAAAUGGCUUCAAAAAUAACAGAAGAAGUUUCCCCAAACGAGACAAAAUCAUCGGAGGAAAAGUUGCUUAGUAAACGGAAAAAAAUCAUCCGCAGAGUUUCGGACAGCGAAAGUGAUCAAGAAAAUAUCACAGAAUCUGCCAGUCCCCUCAAAUUGAGACGACUCGAUCCAAAACUUGGGAGCCAGAGAAUUGAGAGUCCAAAAGCCAUGGAAAAGGGACAUUCACAGCUCAGUAGAACUUCUCAGCUGUCUUUAAAACGCAGUACCCAAAGAGAAAGCAAUAUAAGCCGCUUGAAGAAAUUAACGUCGCCUGCAAAACAACCAGAAAAAACAACGAAUCCGUUAUCACCCAUAAAAAGAACUGGUCCAACCAAUGGCAAUAAAUUGGAAGACUUUUUCAAAAGAUCUGGCAUUUCUUUCAGUCAUAAUGAUGAGCCUCAUCAAUUAGACGAUAAUCCAGCGAUAAUAAUAAAAAAGAUGAUUGAACUAUUAGGGACGGGUGGAUUUAAACGAGAGGAGAUAGUGGAUUUGUGGAGAGUGUACAUAAGCGACGGAGAUAAUUUGAAAAAAGGUUUAAAUGACAUGAUGAUCGUGAACAGUCAGUCAACCAAGGGAGCAACGAAUUUUUCCCUCGUUAAAAUAAUUCUCCAAAUACCUCAACUGCAAACAGCGGUAAUGGAUGACUUAUUGCAGAAAUUGACGGAUGCAGUUUUGAUGGCAGAUUCUAUGGACGAUGUGCCAUGGGCGACUCUGUUGUUGCAACAAUUUCGUUUUCUGGAAGUGGUAGUUGAGACGGAUUCGUAUACUGUUAAACUCGAGAACCUGUUGGAGAAUUGUCCAACUUGGUUCCAACGUGAGUUCAUAUCAGUUUUGCCAGAUAUUGUGAUCGAUGUACAACAUCAUGCGAUUGCUGAAAUGUUAAGUAAAUUGAUGGAAUCCAACGUUGAACUGUCAAGUGUAAUACUCGAUUGCAUUACGAAUUUAACCUUGGGUAAAGAAUAUCUUGAAGAGCUCAGAGAAAAAAUUCUCAACUCACUGAAAAACAAUUUAGUCAUUGGAAGGGUACCUGCAAUGGCUAAGUUCGUAUUGUACCAAUGCCCGACGGUGGGAAUCUGUGAGAAAGCAUUGAAUGUGCUGAAAUCCUUGGAUUUGCAGCCUCUGGCAGGUGAGAACGAUGAUGAAUAUUUCACGAAUCAAAGGCUGCUGGUGAACGAAUUGAGAUCGGCUAUUAAAUUGACAAAGUUAAUGUCAAAAGCAGCAACAAACGUGAUUAAAAAAACAGAUGAUCCACCCAAGCCUCUGGAUCUUAUUAUUCUCUUGCUCACAUACUUGGAUGUAACAACGAAAAAAAAAUCCGAAACCACAUUGAAGCAACACGUGAAAACAGGGUUUUACCGAUCAAGUUUGCUGAUAUCUCUCUACCAGGAUUACAAAGAAGUCGCCAAAGAAUUGCAGUCGGAAGCGCUACAAUUGGCGAGCAAUCUUCUGAAAUCGGAAGACCGAGCUUACGCGGACUUUGCCACCGAAUGGUUCAAAUCCCAAUUCGUUAGUCAACGCGACACGAUUUACAAGCAGCGUGAAAUCAUCGAGAAACUGGUACUCCUCAUGGGAAACAACGACCAAACGGGGAAAGGAGCCUUAGAAAUUGUACGAAGGAUGACAGAGAGCGAGGACGAAAUGAAGUAUCUUCAGGCCCACUGCAACCACCUCAGAAUAUUAUUGGACAAAAUAGAUAAUUUCGAUCUCCAGGAAGUAGCAACGUUGAACGAUUUGUUACACGCUCUUUGCACCAGCGACGAUUCAACCUCCGAAGCUUUACAAGACGAUCUUUUCAUUCUGUUUCAAAAGCAGUUGGGGAACGCGACGACUUUGACCAAAUGCAAAGGAGUUUUGGGUGCGGUAAUGGCAAUCAAACAUUUGGCCGGUAAAUCAGAGUCCUGCGACAUGGCCAGAGAUUUGAUCGCGAAAAUUAGAGUUAACGUGAAAACCUGUCCAAGAUCGAGAGCUCUGUUUUAUGACCGAAUCGGCAGCGUUGUCGCCGAUACGAAGAGCAUCGAUCCAUCAUUUCUUCAGGAAAUAACGGAAAGGUUUCAGGAUGAAUUCGUUAAUGACUACAUGAGCGAUUUGGAAGAUUAUCGAGGAGAGUUGGUAGCGAAGUUUGGGCUGAACGAGCCAUCGACGGAGCCACAAAAAUGUGUGAUUAAUUUUGGCGAUGGAAAGUACGGCGCUGUCGUUCCAGCUUUUUUUCGUCUUCUGCGGAUUUGUUACAUGCGCUCGUACAAUGGGAGCCUCGAUGAAAUAAACGUUCUCCUCGGAUGUCCCAUUCUUAUGCCCAAAGACAUGGAUGCUCCGGAACCUUGGACCCUGGAUCUCAUAAUUUGCUGCAUCAAUUGGUUCAGGGAACUGAUCAGCGGUUUCGUCUCACAACCGGAUCCAGUAAUGCAGGAGCAAGUUCUAAAGAGAUUGGAAAAUUUGAUGAACCUCCAAGCCGAAUUCAGUUGUUUGUUAACAAUGGCCGAGCCGCGGUACCAGCCGCCCCCUUGUUACUUCCACAUUUUUCCAGCCCCAGCGUUCCUCAGAGUCGAGAAAAAAGCCCCGAAGAAAGGGAAACGUAACAGCGUCGACAAGAACGCUCAUAUUCCUGAAUGGGAAGCCUGGGAAAUCGGCUCUUCACUUUGCUCCAAAAAUCCCAACUACUUCAGACAAUUGGAUGCCAAAGUCGUUGAUCUUUUGGAUCUAAAAAUGGAUCACGACGCAAGUGGAAGCCAAAUUUUCAUUACGAAAGCACAAAUUUGCUUCCUCAUCAAAGAACUAUUGGGGAUGUUCGAUGGCAGUGAACCCUCUGAGAGUCUUCUCCGCGAUCUAGUACAUCUUCUUCCAAAAGUAUGCUCCAAACUUCAGGAUAUUAUCGGCGAAUUGAGAGAGCAGGAUGAUACGAAAAACCGACAUGUCGCUAAUCUUAUUUUGUCGCUUCUCACAAAAAUCUUUGACUGGAAAGGCUUUCGCAGUGCAAAAUAUCAACCGUUGUUGCGAGAUGGGCUGAGGACUUUAGCUGGCCAGAUCGAUAAAGCGAAUUUGAUGUUACGAUCGUCGAAAGAAUUAGUUGCCGAAUCGUACAAAUAUUUCGAAUCUCUCGCUGACGUGUCUACAGACAUAUCACUGGCAUUCGCAGUUGUUAAAAUGUGUCGGUCGUUGAUGAAACAUUCUGACACGUUCACGAAGCAAUUCAAAAACAAGCAGGCUAAUUUAGCCUCCGGUUUUUUGGCACUGCAAUGGCCGGAUGACAAAUCAACGGGAGCUACGUACAAAACCGCUGUUGUGGGUUUCUUAACAAACUGGUUACAAAACGAGCCGGACCCCCUCGCAACUGUAACAACAGUUUUAGAAUGGUUGCCCGACGAAGUCAAAACACUCGAAAAAACUAGCGAUCGUCUGGAGCGCUUGCCCUCGAUUACCAAAGCACUUUUUCACAACAUGUUCCAAAAAUUGUUUGAAAAUUUGAUCAACGGUAUUAAAAUUUCCUUGGCUGCGGCUAAAACAGAUCCUGAGAGGAUAAAAGUCUGGCAAAAAGUGAGCUGCAACGUUCAAAAAAUCGUACAGAUUUGCAAAAGCUCGUCGCGUUCCGUUCUUCUCCCCUUUCUCAGGUCGAUGACUUCGCUGUUGAGAAUAUUUCUUGCCAGUGGGAUGCCCGUCCUCGAGCAGAAUCUUCGAUUCCAAACAGAAGAAGUCACGGGAAUAUUAAAAAUGAUGCAAGGCGGAACGCGGUACUUGAACGUGGUUUGCGUCGAUUGCACCGAAAAAAAAGACUUGACUUUGGCCAAAAUUGUACCACCUGCAAAAUCGCUCACUGAAAAAUUGUUGUUUUUGGUAAAAGGUAUGCUGGUUUACAACAACAGUUCCGACGCUUUUUGGAUGGGAAAUCUGGUCAACAAAAAUUUGGAAGGCCAACAAAUAUAUUCCCAAUCGUCUUCGGAGGAACCGACAACGACAACAAGUGCACAAGUUUCUGUCGCUGCCGAUUCCGAAGAUGAGGCACCUUCGGAAAUUCUCGAUAGUGAGAUUGAGGAACAACUGUCGGACGAAGAUUCGUAAAAACAAGUUUCUUCUGUUUUUACACAAAUACUAAUCUUCUGCAGGCCAAAAUGGUAUCAUAUUUAUAUUUUCAUAACAACGACUCUGUCACGCUAUUGGCACAGUCGUGAUAAUUCGUGUAAUUAUUUUUUGUUUUUUUACGACGAUAGAAAUAGUAUUCGAUAAUGAGCCAGUGUCCAAAGGUGUUUCAUAUUUAUAAAAAUGUCUUCCGGGUUCGUGUCAGUUUCGUUUUUCACGAUGUAUUCGAUAAUGAGCCAACGUCCAAAAAUGUUUCAUGUUUUUAAAAAUGUAUUCUCAGUUCAUCUAGAAUUAUGUGUUAUUCGUAUACGUUUUGAUAUUGUUAUCAUUGUGUAUCAUGAAGCUUUCUUGUGACAAAAAUAUGUUGCUCCUUUUGUACAAUCAAACUGUUCUGAACGAGAGGUAAAAAGUUUUUUUUACGUUACAAGUAAUUAUAUUCCCUAAAAAUAAUGAGAGUAACGAUGAUGAACGCCAUAAAAAAUCAAUAUUUCUUACAUUUUUUUGAUCUUUGGAUAAUUUGAACAGUUUGAAAUAUUCGAGUCACCGACGUCCCAGUAGCAGUGUCAAAAAAAGCCCCAGUGCGACUACUCAACAAAAUAAAAAAUCAAGAAACGAGUGAUUAUACAAUUAUAAAAAUGAUUCCAAUGUUGAAUAAAAAUAUAUUCUCUUUAUAA